AUGCAUUUCAAAACACUCUUCAUAUUUUAUUUGGUGUCAUUAAUCAACUGUCAUAAUAUAUUGUUACCACCAUACGGUAAACAAUGUUUCUUUGAAAACUUAAGAAAGAAUGAUGAAUUGUCAAUCAGUUAUCAAGUUGGAUCAAGAGACCCUUCCAAUAGUGAACAACUAAAGGCAAGUUUCUCUAUUGGUUCACCAAAUGGUCAAAUUAUAGUCAAAAGAAAUGAUGUCGACCACGGUGAUGAAAAUUUAAAAGCUGCCAUGGACGGAAGAUAUCUUUAUUGUUUUUCCAAUGAAAAAUCAAGCAGAGUCGAUUUAGAUGUUUCAUUCAAUGUUCAUGGUGUUGUUUAUAUUGAUUUAGAUAACCCUGAUAGUGAUACCUUAGAUUAUGCUAUCAAAAGAUUGAGUCAAUUAACUUCUGACGUGAAAGCUGAACAAAGUUAUUUGGUUAUUAGAGAAAGAACUCAUAGAAAUACUGCCGAAUCAACCAAUUCAAGAGUUAAAUGGUGGUCUGUAUUCCAAAUCAUUGUUGUCAUUGCCAAUUCACUUUUCCAAAUCUACUACUUAAGAAGAUUUUUUGAAGUCAAAUCUGUUGUUUAA